AUGACUAUUAGAUUACAAUUACAUGUCUUGUUUACUUGUAUUAAAAGGAAUGAUAAACGUGAAAUUAAAGUUGCUCAACUAGCUGGUUCUGUAGCUGAGCAUUCUGCAUAUCAUCACGGCGAAGUGUCUUUGAUGUCAACAAUUGUUAACUUAGCUCAAAAUUAUGUUGGAAGUAACAAUAUAAAUUUGUUACAACCCAUAGGUCAGUUUGGUACUAGACUUCAAGGUGGAAAAGAUGCAGCUAGUCCUAGAUAUAUUUUCACAAUGCUUAGUCCCUUGACUCGGCUGAUCUUUCAUCCUCAUGAUGAUCCAUUGUUAACUUAUCUUCGCGAUGACAACCAAAAAAUUGAACCCGUGUGGUACAUGCCAAUUAUUCCUAUGGUUUUGGUUAAUGGUGCAGAAGGUAUUGGAACAGGGUGGAUGACCAAAAUACCUAAUCAUAAUCCAAGAGAAGUUAUUAGUAACAUUAAACGAAUGUUAAGAGGUGAAGAUCCACUACCAAUGAAACCUUGGUACAAAAACUUUACUGGACAUAUUGAAAAACUUUCUGAGCAAAAAUUUAUCAGUAGUGGUGAAUUAGGUGUAAUUGGACACAAUAGAGUAGAGAUUACAGAACUUCCGGUUGGGGUUUGGACUCAGAAUUAUAAGGAAAGCGUGUUAGAACCUAUGCUUACUGAUACUGAAAAAUCUCCUGCUGUUAUAACUGAUUAUAAAGAAUACAAUACUGAUACUACAAUCAAAUUUGUUAUAACCAUGAAUCCAGAAAAACUUCAAAAAGCAGAAAAUGAGGGUAUACAUAAAUUUUUCAAGUUACAUGCAUCUAUUGGUUUAACUUCCAUGUGUGCAUUUGAUAAAGAUUGUGUCUUGAAAAAGUAUGAAGCUACUCAACAGAUAUUGCGUGAAUUUUAUGCUGUUCGAUUGGACUUUUAUGGUAAACGUAAGGCCUAUUUGGAAGGUAUGUUAGGUGCUGAAGCUGCUAAAUUAACCAACCAAGCUAGGUAAGUAAACAAAAAAAAAAUGUAUUAGUGAAAUUGCAUUUGUUAUGAUACAAUCUAAACUUUUCAACUUUGAUUUAAAAGGUUUUGCCUUUGUUUUGAUAUAAUAGAUUUUUAUAGGCUUCUUCAACAAUAUUAAUAAUCGUAAUACAUUGUAUAAUAAAUCAAUCAUUGAAAUAUAUCGAUAUUGAAUACAUCGUAAUCGAAAUUAAUUUUUAAUUAAUGGCUCCUGGCCAUUGGGUAUUCGAGUUACCAGAAACCAACUAAUUUGAACGCCAAAAUAACUUUUAUAAUGUAUUUAAUAAAA